UUUAGUAAUAAUUUUCACAUGCUUUCGCCAUAUUUAGAACAGUUGAAUUCUAAGAAGAUCAUUCUGGCUUCAGGAAGUGCAGCCAGGAAACAAAUUUUAGAGCAAGCAGGACUCAGGUUUACAGUAUCUCCUAGCUCUUUUGCUGAAGAUCUGGACAAAUCCCAAUUCACUCAUGAAGAAUAUGUAAAAAGUACUGCUGAAGGGAAAUUGAUAGAUAAGAUUGAAGAAAUCAAGCAAAAAGAAGAAAAAGUUGAUAUUAUCAUUGUCGGCGAUACUGUGAUAUCCUUCGGAGAUAAGAUCAUUGAGAAAGCAGAGGAUGAAGAACACGCUUUCAGCAUCAUUAAAGAACUCCAAGGGGAAACACAUGAUUGUCUCUCUGCUGUAGUAAUCGCUUUCUUAGAUAGUGAGAUGGAGAUUAUUAAGCAAGAAACUUUUGUCCAAAAGACAACUCUUGAGUUCUAUCCUUUAUCAGAUGAAGUCAUUAAGCUCUAUAUCGCUACUGGAGAAGCCUUUGGAAAGGCAGGGUGAUAUGGGAUUCAAAGUACUGCUGCUACAUGGAUCAAGAAAAUCAACGGGUGAUAUUUCAGUGUGUGGGGCUUCCCUUUGUCCCUGUUCUGUGUCAGCUUGAUCAAGAUGAUAGAGGAAACAGGAUUUCUGGAUGAAUAG